UUUGGUGAUGAAAUUAAAAAGCGGAUUGAAUUGGAGAAGAAACUUGCCGCCUUAAUGGAACGUGUGGAUCGUAAACAAAAAAAAGAUGAUGAAGAAGAUGAGAAAACUAGGAAAGAAAUCGAAAAAAUUAAAAAGGACAUGGAUGUUAUAAAAUUUGAUGUGCAGAUGUUGAAAAACUGGAGGGCAACGGUCGAAAAGCAGAAGGAGGAGGCGCGAGAGCAAGCGCAAGAAGAUCAAGGUUGUGGUGGAGACGGGGCUAAGAAAGGAAAAGCUAAAGGUGGAAAAGGCCUUGAUGGAAUGAUUAAGGGUGGAAUUGAUAGCAAAGUCGACGGUAAAUUUUUAUUUGAAAUAAGAAACCGAUAGUGGAUAAUUAGUUAGUGGAUACCUUAAUAAUUUACUUAUAAUUAGUUUUUUAUUUGCGGACUGCGGAUUACGGCUGCGGAUUUUAUAGUUAAAAUUGCGAAUUGGGCUUCGGAAAUUUUUCCCAUUGUGUCCAAUCUUUGUCAGAGACUAUCUUCGAAUGUCGAGGAGUUUUUUCCACCCAAAUUCUUUUAAUCUCCAAAUUCACUGAUAUCCCUAUUAAUCGCUUAAAUCACAUAAUAUCCUCUUUAUCUCCAAAUUGUCAAUAUC